AUGCUAAUGCCUUUCUUAAAAACCUGUGAUGUUUGUGUCGCGUAACAUCGACAGUUGUUUAACUUGUUGUUGUACUCGAUUUAAAUGCAAGUGAUCGGACAAGUGUUCUCCGCAAAUGUUUUGAGUGUUUGCCGAGGAAAAGAAAGCAGAAUCUUGUUCCUUGACUAUCAGCGGGUAUUGUUCGCGAACCGGAAAUUCGUUACCGUUAAAGACAGUGUAAUGGCUGAGUGCAGGUAAGAAUUGGGAGCACUGUGCUAAAAGCAGGGAAAAAGAGGAGGAAAGAAAGAGAAAGAGGAAGAGAGGAGGUGAAGUUAGGAGCUGAAACGAGCGUGGAGAGGCAGAGACGAGGACUAGCACUCUCGCAGUCGCAGGUAGUCGUGAUAAAGAGCGCAGGCCAAUAAGAUCGGUGCUUGGCGAUCGGCGUUGCAUAGCAGUGAGCGGACUCUGAAAAGGGCAAUUGUUAGUGAAUACCUAUUAUUGAGUCUUUUCGCCGAAAAGAAGGAUCUGGUAGCGAAGGAAAUAUUUGAAAAAGGUAGUGUCUGUUACUGGCACCGAAGAGGGUGGGGCAAAGAGGAGGUGAAGUGCGCGACUCGAGACGGGGACGGUACGUGUGUGCGUGUGCAUGACGCACACGAUCGCGAUAAACACUCGAGCACUGAGGCCAAAGAACGCGAGAAAGAAAGGGAGAGAAGGAGGAAACAAGAACCGUCAAGUUACAAGAGCCGGGAUCCAAGAUGGCGCUCAAGCAAGAAGUGGAUCAGUUGUCUAAGAACAACCUGGUGGUUCGGGUCGACCAAAACUCCGAAUCGGACCUGCAGGCGCUGUUCGACACCGUCCUCAAGCCCGACUCGAAGAGGCCCCUGCAGGUGCCUCUUCGCAUGCGAAACCUGCCGGAUUCCUUCUUCAACCCCCCGUCGACUGGCAGCAAGAGUCCCUCCAUUGCACACUCGCGGGAAAAUUCGGCCGACUCCGCAUUCGGAACCGCCGCGGUGGUCGUUGGUUCCGCGGGUGCGGCCGGAUCUGCAGCCAAUGGCGGAAACUCGGGGACCGGAAGCAGCAGCAACACCAGUGGUGCCGGUAGCGGCGGUUCUCCAGCUUCUGUGAACCAAGGCUUGACAGUCGCGCAUCCCCGUGCUCACAGCAGUCCGGCAUCUCUUCAACAGACAUACGCUUCUGCACAACAAGCCACACAACAUGCACCCCAGCCCCAUGCUCGACACCAUCACCAUCAGAAACAGCGUAGUUACGAUGUCAUCAGUACUGUCGAUGACCUCGGUCCUUUACCUCACGGAUGGGAGCAGGCACGGACACCUGAAGGCCAAAUAUACUUCCUCAAUCAUUUAACAAGAACAACAACAUGGGAGGAUCCUCGGAAAACGGCAGCAGCAGCAAGCGUGGCGGCAGUAGCGGCAGCCGUUGAAAGCGGGAAAUCAUCUACAGGAACAACAAAUACUCUCGGGCCGUUGCCGGAUGGAUGGGAGCAGGCACGCACGAAUGAAGGAGAAAUUUAUUUCAUCAAUCACCAAACUCGAACGACUUCUUGGUUCGAUCCUCGGAUUCCUACUCAUCUUCAGAGAGCACCUACAUCAGGUGCAAUGUUGCCACAAAACUGGCUGCAACAACCAAGUGGUGGAGGCAUUCAGAACAAUCAAACUCUCCAGGCUUGUCAGCAAAAGUUAAGACUUCAGUCAUUACAAAUGGAGCGAGAGCGGCUGAAACAACGUCAACAAGAAAUUAUGCGCCAGCAAGAAUUAAUGCUACGACAAACAACAACUGAUGCUGUAAUGGAUCCAUUUUUAUCUGGAAUAAAUGAGCAACACGCACGUCAAGAGAGUGCAGAUAGCGGUUUGGGACUGGGGUCUGCUUAUUCUCUUCCUCACACACCUGAAGAUUUUCUGGCCAAUAUCGAUGACAAUAUGGAUGGAACAAGUGAAGGUGGGGCACCAAUGGAAACGCCUGAUUUGUCAACUUUAAGCGAUAACAUUGACUCAACAGAUGAUCUUGUGCCUUCUCUUCAGCUCGGUGAGGAGUUCUCUAGUGACAUUUUGGAGGAUGUGCAAUCUUUAAUAAACCCAAACACCACUAAGCCAGAAAAUGUUCUUACGUGGCUGUAAUAUUUUUCGAGAAUAUUACAUUCAUAGCAUCAAAACAAAAUUACAUAAUCAAUGAGUUUAGACUUUAUCAAAGAAAUCGUCGCUUCCAUCGGGACAUAAGUGCACAAUAAAAUAGUCCGCAACAGGCACGCACACUUAUUUUAUUGCAAAUGUGUGUAUGUGCGUAUGUUCGCUUGUAAAUCAAAUCAAGUUAAUGAUGCAAUAUCAAAAUGAAAAAAUCAAUUCUAUGUCAAGAUAAAAAAUGUAGAAACGUUGAGUAGUAUCGAUGUUUUCUCCCAUGAUGACUUUUUCAAAAUUUAUUAUCAAUAGGAAUUCAAUAUUGUUAAAUAUAUUCACGUUUUAAUAAUAAUUUUUUGCAAAGUUACAUAAAAUAUAAAAUGAGCACAUGAAAUUAAAUUACAUUAAAAAAUUCGUUUGCAAUCAGACACAGUGUGAAUAGCAUCGAUCAGUUGUAAGAAAAAUGUUAAUCAUUUUAAUAUUUCAUCAUUAAAACAAAUGUAUAUAGCUACAUGUUCUUUCAAUUCUAGCGAGAAAUCCCCGUAAAGUUGGGUAAAAGCGCCAAUAGAUUUGAAAUUUAAGGAAGAAAUUAGAUACACUCUAUUUUACCUUGACAAUUGUGUCAAAAUAUGAUUACAUGUAUUCCUGUCGAACCCGCUCAAAUUCGGAGUCAAUGAGAUUCAGAUUGUUAUUCGACAGUGUUGUAACCAUUUUCAGUGGAAUAAUGUUUGUCCACUGUCGCGUAGUUCAAUCGUUUGGAAAUAAAAAAUGAUACAAUUUUUACUUGAGAUUUAGUCAGCACACUGACAAACGCUACAGUGUUUAACGUUUAAAUGGUACAUACAUUCUUUUUGAGAUAAUAUCGCAAACAAGACUCAAGCAUUUCUUUUAGAUAUGUAGAAUCGUAAGUUAAUAUUUAGCUCCUUUCGCGAGAAAGUUUUCAUCAGUCGCGUCACUAAAUUUAGGCGACACUUUUGUUUACAUAGGUAUUUGUCAAAGUGGAAACCUUGACCUUGAAUCUUGACUGCAGUCAAGUUCAGUUUCGAUCAUAGACACUUGGAUAAAUAGACAAUUUGAGUCCAAGGCAUUAAUGUGGCUAAAAAUUCGAAUUGCUCUUUAUGUAAACAAAAGGUGAAGAUGGCAAACCUUCAAACACCGUUAAAUGUUUUGGAAAGCAAUAUGUAGAUGAUAAUUUUGAAGAAGAGGAAAAAUGUGCGUGUGUGUAUGAUUUCAAAUGAAAUUUUCUUAUAUGUAAAAUCUCUAUUGAAAAUUCCCACUUGGGAAGUCGUACGAAAUCAUAUAGGCACUACGAUUUUCGUAACUGAAUUAGUAAUUCUCACGUCGAUUCCUAUGUUUACAAUAUUUUAUGCAACAGAAGUUAUAUAAAACUAACAGGUCGUUCAAAUAUGAAUUUACGUAGGAUUUCAUUGAGGAAAUUUCGAACGGAUUCCCAUGCCUAAAAAAUUCUACGUAGGAAUUUUCAAUAUUUUCGAAUAUAUGUAUGCUGAGACUAACAUUUCCUUAAGAUUUUUAUUCUAAGUACUUAUUCAUAUUGUUUUAAUAGUAGUUUAAGGUUCUAUUUGUUAAAAUCUAUUAAAUAACGUAAUACCUUAUGUUACAUGCGUCGUUAAUGUUGAUUCCGAUUCAAACCUAUUUAGCUUUUAAAGAGAAAUUAAAGAAUUUCAUUUUGCUACAAGUUUAGAGCAAAAAAAAUAGAUAUUUUACUUCAAGUUUUAAGAAAAAUUUGGUUUUGGCAUACAUGUGAAGAGGGAUUACUUAAUUAUUUUUAUGCAAAAAAUAAUGCAAAUAAGUAACGAAACUUUCAUUUGUAAUCGCAUAUCUGUAUGCAGAAAACUACUUUAAAAUUUUAUUGCUUAUAUUUUGAAAAAAUAAUAAUCUGAAACAGAUUUUGCACAUUUUUACUACAUAAACUGUAUUGUGAUACAGCGAUUUUCAUGCUCAUAAUAUAUCUAUCUAUAUAUAUAUAUAUAUAUCAAACGACAUGUAAUGAAAACACAAGUGCCUUGACUUUACAAUCGCAAUCGCGACAGCCGUCCAUAUUUUUUAUCGCAUCAGCGAUCAUUCAAAAGUGCGCGGCAUACUUUAGACCAGUUUAAUAUUCAAGUAUUGAAGUGUGAAUGCAAAAUAUAUACAAAUAUUAUAUAUUUUUUUUUAUAUAUAAAGUCUAUAAAUGUUAUUAGAAAUUACCGUUAUCGGAAGGACUCGUUAGUUUGUAAAAUUUCCUUAAGUUUUGUACUACAGUGAAAUAAUGCGGCGCUAAAAGGAGGAUAGUAUAUGAUGUUAACAGAUGAAAUACUUAAUUACAUUUGGCCUUAAGGAUCGAUUUUUCGAACGAGUUUUUCAAUAUUGAGUGAAAACAUAACCUUCUUACCACUUUUAAUCAUCUGACAUCUUGGCUAAAUUUUAUUCAUUUAGUCUUAGAGUUUUUGAGACUGUUUGUGCCUUACGUCUAAAAAAAAUAGUGUUCCAAUGUACUAAAAAUUUAUUUUGGUUGGCAAACUUAUGUACAGAAUGAAAGAAAUAAUUUUUCAAAACAAUAGUACUUCAAUUUAAUAUUUUAAAAGGAAAAAUAAUUCCACUGCAUUACAAUGAAAAAUCUUUGUAAAACGAUAAAAUAUUGCAAUGCAUCUAAUCAAUGAAAUCUUUAAAAAAAAUUUUUCAUAUAUGUUUUUCAUAUCAUAUAUGUACAAGUUUUUUUUAUUUAUUAAAAACAAGUAAUAAAAAGUGACAAUACUUUAGAAAACUUACUUAAAUGUAAGUGAAAGUAUUAAAUUCAAAGCAUUAAACAUUUUUUGUAGAAUAAAUUCAGAAAAAGGUCUAUAUUUAGCCUUUCUUUCAUUUUAAAAUUCGUAUUGCAACCAGAAUAAGCUUUUUAUCAAGUUUUUACUCUUGCCUCUUCCGGAAAGAGGAAAAGUCGCAGAGUGCAAUGUGUGAAUAUUUACGAUUCGUCAUUUGCACGCUAAGUUUAAUGCUCCUUAGUUACAACAUUAGUCGUGCGAAUGCUUUUUAAGAACAUUUUCAGUAAAAGUAAGAGUUUUUUAAAUGAAAGGUUGCAAAAUUAAGACACAUAAUUGAGGUUUAGUUUUGAAUUUGCAAUUUUUAAAAAGGGACAAAUUCUAAAAACUUUUGGAUUUAAUUGUGAAAAUUAGGAUUUUUUUCCUUAUUUAAUAUUUUAACCUUACUUUGAUUUAUUUCAAAUUUCUCUUAAUAAAUAAUGAAAACUUAUAUUAUUUCCUUAAGCAUGAUUAAAUUUUUUUAAAAUUCUGUCUAUAAUUCGGUUAAUUUUGUACAAUAAAAAUGUUUAAUAAAAUGUCUUCCUCUAUGUGAAACAUGAUUAACGGAUAUUAUAACUUAGUAUCUUUAAUGAGAUUCUGAAAUUGAUAGAAGAUGCUUACUAUUAUAACUAAUUGGUCAACAAAAGUUUAAAAAAUUUGACAAAUCUAUAUUUUUAUUUGUAAUUAGUGUUUCAAGUAUAUUAAUAUACUUUAAUGAAAAAAUUUUUUAAAAUUAAUUGCCUGCAAAUUAAGUUCAAUGUAGGUAUGUCUGAGAACUGCCUCCUUGUUGAAUCAAAAAAGAAACUUUUUAUCAAUUAUUGAAGAAAUUGUAUAUAAUGUAUUGGAAAAUUGUAAAAAAUUUUAAGGAGAAAUAAAUUUUCUCAUUUAUACGAUUUACUUUUGUAAAAAAUAAUAAGAUGUCAAAUGAAAUAUUUUUAUAAAAUUGACUUUUAGGUUGAACAACGUCGAUAAAUCGUUUCUGAAAGCAACAUAAUGUACGUUGCAUCAGCAAGUUUUGUAUAUUCUUAGAAUUGUAUUUCUCUGAGAGGUGACUUAUUGUGCAUAACUAUACAAUAUCUGAGAUUAUAUUUACAGCAAACAUGCUAUUAGUUAAUAUGUCAGUAUUUAGAUUACGCUCAUCGGCGACCGUUUGUGACGUACGUUUUUAUAUCGUUAACAAGUGCCUUAGUAAUAAUGAUAACAAUAAAUAUAUUGUUUACUUACGUA